AUGACUGCCACGGGGGGCGCCCGGCUCCUUCGUGCCGCUUCGGUGGCCGUCGGCGGCGCGGCCCGCCGGUGGCGGCUCCUCGCGGUGCCCCGUGCGGGAGUCGGGGAACUCCCAGGGAGCCGGGGGCCCGGGAGAAGCGCGGAGCCGGGCCUGGGCCGCGGCGGCGGCGCAGCCUCGAGCCGGCCACUGAGUGUGUCCGCGCAGGUGCGGAGCAGCUCAGAUGAUAAAGUAACAGUCCACUUUGUAAACCGUGACGGUGAAACAUUAACAAGCAAAGGAAAAGUUGGUGACUCACUACUGGAUGUUGUGGUUGAAAAUAAUCUAGAUAUUGAUGGGUUUGGUGCGUGUGAGGGAACUUUGGCUUGCUCUACCUGUCACCUCAUCUUUGAAGAUCAUAUAUAUGAGAAAUUAGACACAGUGACUGAUGAAGAGAAUGACAUGCUUGAUCUGGCGUACGGACUAACAGACAGGUCACGGCUGGGCUGCCAAAUCUGUUUGACAAAGUCUAUGGAAAAUAUGACUGUUCGCGUACCUGAUGCAGUAGCCGAUGCCAGACAACCCAUUGAUAUGAGCAAGAAAUCCUAAGAGAAUAAAUAGGAAUAUUUUCAUGAAAAAUUACCUAUUUUUAUAAUUUUUAUUUCUUAAUGUAAUUAAAUGGGAAUAUGGAUAGAUUUAUUAUAACUAGCUUUGCUAUUUCAAUGCCCCUUGUAUAACUACUGGGUUUUUGUAGUUCUGAUAGUAUAUAAUCUGUAUUUUGGUUAAAUUAUAAAAUGCCAACCAAAUAUCAAAAAAAAGUUAA